AUGGAGGCAGCGCGUGGGCGGCGCGGCCUGGUUCGGGGCUGCUGCUGGGCGCUGCCCACGGCGCUUCUCUGCCUCUACGGCUUCUUCUCCAACCUGCGGCCCUCCGAGCCCUUCCUCACGCGCUACCUGCUGGGCCCGGACAAGAACCUCAGCGAGACCCAGGUCUUUAAUGAAAUCUAUCCAGUAUGGACGUACUCUUAUUUAGUGCUGCUAUUUCCAGUAUUUCUUGCAACAGACUAUCUCCGGUACAAACCUGUAAUCCUUCUACAGGGACUGAGCCUUAUUGUGACUUGGUUCAUGCUGCUCUAUGCCAAAGGACUAUUGGCUAUUCAGUUCCUGGAGUUCUUCUAUGGAGUGGUGACUGCUACAGAGAUUGCUUAUUUUUCCUAUAUUUAUAGCAUUGUGGAUUUGAAUGUGUACCAGAAAGUCACCAGUUACUGUCGAAGUGCCACCUUGGUGGGUUAUACUGUGGGUUCCGUCUCUGGACAGGUUCUGGUAUCGGUGUUCAACUGGUCCCUGUUCAGCUUGAAUGUCAUCUCCCUAACAUCUGUGUCUGUAGCUUUUGCCAUUGCCUGGUUUCUGCCAAUGCCUCAGAAAAGUCUUUUCUUUCACCACCUCUCAAGCAGCCAGGUUGCUAGGGAAAUGAAGGUUAUUGACUGUAAAAGUGGAGCUGUCGUCCGAGAUGAUCCUGCAUUACAGAGUGUGCCUGGGUGGGAAGAUGAGUCAGAAGUUCCCUUAAAUGUGGAGGCCCAUUCUGCAGAGAAGCAGGAGCAGAAAGUGGACAUCGUCAUAGUGCUCAAAGAGCUAUGGCGGGACUUCUUCCAGUGCUAUUCCUCUCGGCCUAUGCUAUGUUGGUCUGUAUGGUGGGCACUGUCAACCUGUGGCUACUUCCAAGUAAUAAACUACACUCAGGGCCUAUGGGAGAUGGUACUUCCUGCUCAGAACUCUGAGAUCUAUAAUGGUGGUGUAGAGGCUGUUUCAACACUCUUAGGAGCUGUUGCAGUGUUUGCUGUAGGUUACAUAAAAAUACCGUGGGCUACCUGGGGUGAAGUAGCAUUAGCCCUGUUUUCCCUCCUUAUUGCUGCUGCUGUCUAUAUCAUGGAUAUAGUUCGUAACAUCUGGAUAUGCUAUGCGUCGUACGUGGUCUUCAGAAUUAUCUACAUGCUGCUUAUCACAAUAGCAACGUUCCAGAUUGCUACAAACCUAAGUGUGGAGCGGUAUGCCUUGGUAUUUGGGGUCAAUACUUUCAUUGCCCUGGCACUUCAGACUGUCCUCACUGUGAUUGUUGUGGACUCCAGAGGUCUUGGGCUAAACAUCUUCACGCAGUUCAUAAUCUAUGCGGCCUACUUUGCAGUCAUAUCAGCUGUGUUCUUGGUCAGUGGUAUGUACAGUAUUAUGAAGAAUUACAGAAGACAGAAGGACAUGCAAAGCGUAACUGCAAAUCCUAAAUGCACUGAGGACUCUCUUGGAAAUGAAGUAUGAAGAUAUAGGUCUAUUUAUUAGUCUCUGCCACUCUUUCCAAGGCAAUCUGAAUUGUACUUGAAAUGUGUUCAUACUAUAUUAGUAGCUUGCUUUAGAAGGAAAAGUUAUUUAAUUAGACCUUAUGUAAGUAAGAACAAAGUAUCUUCUCACAUGCCUUUUAUACUUCAGUUGCAUAUGUGGGGAGGUACAAGAAGUUUGCUCAAGAAAUGAAAGACUAAUGAGAUCUUAGUCCUGGCACGUGAUCCUCAAUAUCAUCCUUAAAUAUAAGGAUAUAAGAGUAUAAAUGUAACCAUUGUACAUCUGCCAGUCUUUGAGCAAGAAAAGCCCAGCUGUGCUGCAGGGCAGCAAUGCAGGGCACUGGCAGAGCUGUGCGGGGAGCCCAGGGCUGGAAUAGCAGAGGGUGCUGCAGAUUAGGAGUAAGACACUGCGCCUGUCCUGUGCUGUCAGACGCACACCAAUGAGCACUAAAUACACUUUAGACUUAGUCUGUAUAUAUGCAUUUCCUCAUCCUGCAUGUGUUAUUUCUGCCCCUGGAGUCAUUCCAGCUGCUGGUGUUGCAAGACAUAGCUGGUCAUGGGUAACUUCCCUCAAGAGCUUUAAUGUGUUCUGGAUUAACUUGCUGACAUCAAUGAGUUGGCUGUCAGCAAUGUUUUGUUGCACUAUGAAAAUUGUGUUCUCUUACUUAGAAGAGAAUACAGUUCCAGAGGUAAGCUAAUGUGCUCUCUGGCAUAGAGAAUGCUGAUCCCGUGGGCCAGGGAAGGUCUUCUAGCCUCUUAUUCUUUCGGACUCUGGACUCCUGUGAUGCAAAGCCAUUGACCCUGAACUGCUGUGGAGGGGGCCAGGGU